AUGCUGCCGCCACCACCUCCGCCGAGCAGAGGGAGGCGCCGAAAAACCACCCGGUGGGGGGCGGAGGCUCCUCGCCGAGGCCCCGCGCAUGCAAACAGGGCUGGAGGCGGCCAAAACCCCGACUCCGAAAUCCACGCCGCCCCCCCGCGCUGGGAAGGGGCAGCCCAAGCAGGACGCUGCGGCUACGACGAGGAGAGAGCCCCGGCCAGAGUUUACGGGCGUUUCAUGCAAACACCCGGGGGAGAGGCAUCCCCGCCGCCACCAGCCGCCCAAAUACCAGCUCAAUCGCAGAGACCGCGGCGCUGCGGCUGUUGCUGCUGCUGCCGCCACCCGCAGUCGCGUCCUCUGCAGCCCCCAUUCGGGCCCAUCUCGGCAGGCGGAGAAAGUGGCUUUUCCACGCGAAACGCUACUAGGCAACCGGGAGAGCUGGGGACGCGCCGGAGGGACAGGCACAUCCCUGCCCCUCGCUCCAGUCGGCAGGGGAGGAGAGGAGGGGACAAGGGCGGGCGGCGAGGGAGGAGGUUUGGGAAGGAGUCGGGGAAGACGCCUCUUCCCGGGAGGCGCUGCCUCUGCAGUUACUUCUCCCCUCCUCCCUCCUCCUCCUCCUCGGAGAGUUGCCGAGAGCCCCAACCAAAACAAGCGGCGGCGUCUGGCUCCGCGCGCCGGCCCCCUCCGACCGACCGCGCCGCCGUCUCACUCGGAGGAGAAAAACACGUGACGGAGCCUCCGCGCUCCGCAGCCCGGCUGCCGCCGCCGCCGCCGGGAGGCUCCCGCUUGGGUCUCUACAUUCCCGGCCGAGCCCGCCCCGCGCCCGCCCCUCUCCGCCCCCCUCUCCCUCCGGCAGUGCCGCAGCGGCGCCCGCUCCAGGCCUCCGCGCUGCGCUCAGCCAGCGCCCCUGCGCGGCCGCCAGCCUGGGCGCAGCGCCUUCCUCCCCGCGCGCCACCCAGGGCGCCCCCGGCCCGCAGGAAUCCCCGGCGCGGGCGCGGGCUGGGGUGUUUGGGUGGUCACCCGAAAGCACGAAGGGAGUCUGGGAAAACGGCGCGGGGUGGGGGCGAGUUCGGGAAGACGCAGGAGUGA